AUGUCAUCUGCAGUCUCACAAUUCCUUACAGAUCCUUGGUCAACCCUCAAAGUCUUGGCACCAUCGGUAGCUGUCGAGAUUAUCCUCCACAAGCAAGUAUGGCAAAAGGCAUCCUUGCGCGAUUUGACUCUAUGUCUUGCAUUGGUAAAUGCAUAUUGGCUGGGGACAACACUCAACGUCAGCUUCUUUGAAACACCUCUUCUUUGUCAAGUCCCCGGUCUUGAUGAGCGACAACGAGGAGAAAUUACACGACAUCGUUAUGGCUUUAUCAACAAGGCUGAGCUUGUCAUUGGUGUCGUGAGCUUGGAUCUCUAUUGCGAAUGGCGUAAGCGUAUUAUGGACCACAAUGGCUUUGUAGAUCUUUGCUUGUCCAAGGCAGUGAUCGCACCUGUUUUGAUCAGCUUUGCACAAUCAGCCUAUCUUCUACCCAAGGCCUCAGAAUGUUGCCGCGAUCGACAAAUUGCUGGUGUACGUGACUCUACCAAGCAAAAGUGCAACAUCCACCGUGCCUAUGUUGGCUUCGAAGCUGCCAAACUUGUUGGUGUCGCUGUAGCCGGUUUGCGAUUUGGAAAAAUGCUCACUGUCUAA